AUGUCGAAUCUAAUAGACCUACAACGAAAUUAUCUUAUUGAUUUACUUGUAAAUAUUCAAACUAAUCAUAAUAUAAAAUUCCUUGUUAUAGACGAGUAUGCUGAGAAUAUUAUCAAUUUCCUUUUCCAAAAUCCUAAAGAAUUACUGACAUAUGUCACUACUGUUGAUAGAAUUGAUUCUCCCAAGAGGAAGGGCCAACAUGAUGUAGAUGUCAUUUAUUUAUUAAAACCAACUAAAUUCAAUAUCAACUGUAUUGAUGCUGAUUUCCAAAGUAGACCAUCCAAAUAUAGAAAGGCACACAUUAGAUUCUUCCCUACUUUUGAAAGAUACUUAAUUAAUUUUUUCCAAUCCAAAAGGUACAUCCAAGAACGUCUUUCGACAAUGGACGAAGCUAGAAUUGCAUUCAUCCCAAAAGAAAAACAGUUUUUCCAGACGUUAGACAUUGAUAAACCAUUACAACUUUUCUUUAAUAAGAAUUGUACAGAUCUAAUUGAGAAAAAUAUUCAAAAGACAAUAAAAUCAUUAUUAAACAUUUGUAUCAUUACAGGAGAAUAUCCAAUAAUUAGAUAUUCAGAGCCAUCAGAAGAACAAAUGACGUUAACGCCGCCCACGAAGUUGGCAGGGAAAUUAGCUAAAGAAUUCCAAUUAGUUUUAGACUCAUACGCGAGAGAUCAUGAGGAUUUCCCACCUCAGUCUGAUAGACCAAGAUCCAUUAUGAUUAUUACUGAUAGGACUUUGGACCCAUUUAGUCCCAUAUUACAUGAUUUUAACUAUCAAGCCAUGGUUUAUGAUGUAAUACAGGAUGUGGAUCCUAGAACUGAUGUGUAUCACUAUAAAGCUGAAAAUGAAUUGGGGGAAUUUGAAGAGAAAUCAUCAAAAUUAAUUGAUAUACAAGAUCCUGAUUGGGUUGAAUUGAAAUAUCAACAUAUCGUUGAUGCUAAUGAUUAUCUUUCCGGGAAAAUUAAAGAGAUGAUUGCUAAAAAUCCAUUGUUAGUUGAUAGACAAAAUGUUAAGAACACCACUGAUUUACUAAGUGUUGUGGCACAUUUAAAGGAUUUUGAUGAAGAAAGGAGAAGAUUGAUUUUACAUAGGACAUUAAUUGAUUCAUGUUUGACAAUUAAUAAAGAUAGAAGAUUAGCAGAAUUAGCUGAAGUGGAACAAAAUUUAGCUGGUUUUGGUAUGGAUAUGGAUGGCGAAAAAUGUAAACAUAUAAUUGAUACACUUUUAGAAGUAUUAAUGACAAAAGAAGCUAACAUAACAGAUAAGGUUAGAUAUAUAAUGGCUUAUGCAUUAUACAGAGGAGGAAUCAUUGAGGACGAUUUUGUUAAAUUAUUAGCCUUUAUUGGUGUCGAAGUAGAACAUGAAUAUUUCAAACAUUUUAUGAUUUUGUUCAAAAAUUAUGAACUUAUUGGGUUCAAAUUAAUGAAAGAUAAACCAAAAGAUAAACCAUUUAAAAAAGUGUGGUUUCAUGAUACCAUUGUUAAAGAUCCUUCCAUUUAUACAACUUCAAGAUACAUUACUGCAUCGGGGAAUAUUCUAUCAAAAGUCAUUACUAACCCGUUAUUACUCGAUGAGCUUCAAUUCCCAUACGUGAAGGAUAAACCUAUUCAAUUGUUAGAUGAAGAGGAAAAAGAAAUGGUAGGUGCAUCUGCCACGGCAUACAAUUCCGCAUCCUUGAGAAACCCUCGCCAUAAGGCAUCAUGGACUAGAAAUAAUGUAUCUCAAAAAGAAAAUAUUCCAAGGCAGAGGUUUUUUUAUUAUGUGCUAGGUGGUAUUACCUAUCCGGAAAUUAAAUCAGCAUAUGAUCAAUCUAAUUUUAAAAACAAAGAUGUUUUCAUUGGAAGUGAUGGUAUCAUUACACCGUUGGCAUAUAUGAGAAGUAUAGAAUUCUUGACCAAACCUAGAGAAGCAUUGAAUCUGAAAGAUGAUGAAAAGGAGGUGGAAAAAAUACCGGAUUUCAUAUUAGGCUCAGAAUCAGCAAUCUCUAAACCAGUUUCUCAUGUUCAUCUGCGUAGUAGAAAUGCUCCAAUAUCGAAACCACAGGCACCUGCUAUGGAAGCUUCACCUGAGAAGAAGAAGAAAAAGCAUCAUAAAUUCACAAGUUUUUUAAGAUCAAAAGAUAAAUAA